AUGGACGGAGUAGCCCACAAGAUUCAACAGUCAUCAGAAGAAUACAACAAUGAACGGAGUAGCCCACAGGCCACAAGGUUGGAAGUUUCGAGACUAUUUAGGGUCAUGGUGUUCCCUUCCACUCUGCCUCUAGAUAGUCUUCAAAUAACCACCUUAACAGAGUCAACAGUCAUCAGAAGAAUACCACAAUGGACGGAGUGGCCCACAGGCCACAAAAUUCAACAGUCAUCAGAAGAAUACAACAAUGAACGGAGUAGCCCACAGGCCACAAGGUUGGAAGUUUCGAGACUAUUUAGGGUCAUGGUGUUCCCUUCCACUCUGCCUCUAGAUAGUCUUCAAAUAACAACCUUAACAGAUUCAACAUUCAUCAGAAGAAUACCACAAUGGACGGAGUGGCCCACAGGCCACAAGAUUCAACAGUCAUCAGAAGAAUACCACAAUGGACGGAGUAGCCCACAGGCCACAAGGUUGGAAGUUUCGAGACUAUUUAGGGGCAUGGUGUUCCCUUCCACUCUGCCUCUAGAUAGUCUUCAAAUAACCACCUUAACAUGUUCAACAUUGAUGAACGUAGUACGAUAA